AGCGUCUUUAUAGCCCGUUCCAGGCAUCGCCACCUCAACCAGACGUUAUCACCGGCUUGGGAUCGCGGAAGGCAGACUCCGCUACCUAACUUGAACCACCCAACGAGUUCCCACCCUCAAAUUUGCUCCCCCAUCAAGACCGUAUCACGACCGUCCCGGCCACCCCAUCGCCACCAUGUUCCGGGCGCAGCCAAACGCGUUCGACGACGUGGUCGUCAAGGCCACCGACGAGAACCUCACAAGCGAGAACUGGGAACUGAUCCUCAACGUCUGCGACAAGGUGGAAGCGGACGACAGCGGGGCGAAGGACGCCGUCGGCGCCAUGAUCAAGCGCCUGGCGCACCGCAACGCCAACGUGCAGCUCUAUACCUUGGAGCUCGCCAACGCGCUGGCGCAGAACUGUGGUGCGAAGGUGUAUCGGGAGCUGGCAUCGCGGAGCUUCACGGAUGCGUUGUUGAGACUGGCGGCGGAUCGGAAUACGCAUCAGCAGGUGAAAGGGAGGAUUUUGGAGCGGAUGGCGGAGUGGACGGAGAUGUUUGCGAAGGAUCGGGAUUUGGGGAUUAUGGAGCAGGCAUAUAUGAAGCUGAAGAGCCAGAAUCCGAACCUUGAUCCGCCGUCGAAGCCGCAGAAGGCCCAGAUCACCGACACCGAUCGCAGAAGAGAGGACGAGGAACUGCAAAUGGCGUUGGCACUCUCGAUCAAAGAUAAAGGCCCCGAGGCGCCCGCCCAACAGCAACCCACCCAACAGCAGGAGCCGGCCGAUCAACCUACGCAGCAACCCGGCACCGCGCUUCCCCCCGGCACCACGGCCGCCACCGUCUCCCGCGUCCGUGCCCUUUACGACUUCCAGCCCUCGGAACCCGGCGAGCUCCAAUUCCGCAAGGGCGACGUCAUCGCAGUGCUGGAGUCGGUGUACAAGGACUGGUGGAAGGGUAGCCUACGCGGGCAGACGGGGAUCUUCCCGUUGAACUACGUGGAGAAGCUGCAGGACCCCACGCGCGAGGAGCUGGAGCGGGAGGCGCACAUGGAGGCGGAGGUGUUCGCGGAGAUCCGGAACGUGGAGAAGUUGUUGGCGUUGUUGAGUACGAGUUCGCGGGCGAGCGAGGGGGAUGUGAGGGAUAACGAGGAGAUUACGGUGAGUUGGGAGCUUGUUGAGUGACGGAAUUGGGCUGACCGGAGCAGAAAUUAUACCAUUCGACGUUGGCGAUCCGACCGAAAUUGAUCGAGCUUAUUGGCAAAUACU